AAAAUGUUUGGCGCAAAAACAUUCACAAGGCCAUAGUUCUCGUGAUAUUAAGUGGUCGUAGUGGGAUGUGUUUUCGUUAAUUCUCCAGGAAUUCAUUGGAUGCACGAGCGAUUUGAUGUAGACUUGUCUCUGUGAUAUGCUCGUGCCGGUCAGUUUUCCGUAUUCAACGGAGACAUAUCAACAGCAGUUCCUCAAUCCUUCCACACCACUUCCAAAGUCACUUUCAGCUUUCCCGAAUGUAUUGCCUUACUCCGAAAAGGUGGCAGUAAUGUUUAAUGGUCUACAGACUGCACCGUCUUUGAGAUUUGCCAAUCUGAUGCCACAAAAUGGCCCUCCAUUCAUUAUUGGAGGUCCUGUUUUAGCACUUGGCAAAUCAACUUUUUCUCCUGCUGGGUAUGGGAAUUCACAGAGGCUCGAGAAUGGGUUCGUAAUUCAACCCAGUCUCUCCCAAAAAGUGUACAUUCCUGAAAAGUCUUUAGGCUUUGGUGCUUUUGGUGUUGUGUGGUUGGUUGUUGAUCCGCGAACAGGCGACCAGGUUGCUCUUAAGAGAAUCCCCAACAUUUUUGAAAGCAUUGUAUCUGCUAAGCGAGCGUACAGAGAAUUAAAAUUGCUAUUCUCUUUAAAACAUUUGAAUAUUGUCCGCCUAAUUGAUGUCGUCAAAGUCAGUAGUUCCUCUUUGUUCAGCGAAGUCUCCGUUCUUUGCGAAUAUAUGGAUACUGAUCUGCACAAAAUAAUUGUGUCCACUCAAUAUUUGUCGCUAGACCAUGUCAAACUGUUUGUUUAUCAGAUACUAAGAGGUUUAAAAUAUCUUCAUUCUGCUGGUGUGAUUCAUCGGGACCUAAAACCAGGGAACCUCUUGGUUAAUUCUGACUGUUUAUUAAAGAUUUGCGACUUUGGUCUUGCUCGUUCAGUGCCAUCUUUUGGUGUAGAAAGUUCUUGUAAUCCACUAACCCUUGAAGUCGUGACUCGAUUCUAUAGACCACCGGAACUAAUCCUAGGUUCGAAUUUUUAUACAGCUGCUGUCGAUCAGUGGAGCGUUGGCUGCAUACUUGGAGAGCUUCUUUGUCGUCGAAUUCUGUUUCGAUCUUCCAGCUCCUUUCGUCAAUUGGAUAUGAUAUUUAAUCUACUAGGAUCACCCAGUGCAAUGGAAUUAAUUGAUUUAGUUGGUUUACCUUCAUCUAGCAUAGAUUUUAUUCGUAAUUGUCCUGUACGACCGUUUAAUCAUUCUGCUGUUUCAAGAAUACUUGUUCCAGCUAAUACUCAAUAUUUUCAGUCACCUACAGAAAAUCCACCUGAUCCUAAUUUAGUUAAUUUGUUUACAGGACUUCUAAGUUUUAGCUCAUCGAAGCGGUUAACUGCUGAACAAGCGCUAGAUUCACCGUUCUUAAUUGGAGGUAGAGCUAGAUUUCAUACUUGUCUGUGCUGUUGUUGUCCACCACGCAAUCAAAGUUCAAUAAUUAACGAUUCAUCUCCCCACUGGCGUAAUGUAGCAAAACAAGUCAGUCAUCAUCAUCUUUUAGCUGUUGGUUCAGUUGGUACUCUGUCAUCAUCUGGUGGUACACUACCAUCUUCACUUCAUUCAUCUAUGUUAUCAGAAAGCAGAGAUAUAACAUUGCGUAUCCCUUUAUUUUUGUCACCUCAUCUAAUGGUACAAUAUAGUCGUAUUAAUUUAGAACCAACCUUUCAAGAUAUACAUGAAUACACUUAUUUAAAUACUGAAAUAGAAGUGAAUAACUUGUUUGAAGCUAAACAUACGGACUAUCUGGUUGCAUUCCAUGCGAUAAUUGAUCAAUGGUUGGAAACAUUGGAGUAACAUUUCUUGGAAUUAGUCACCGUAGCAUAAAUACAUUCACUCUUUAUCUUAGGCUAAAUCUUAAGUUUUCAUAUUUCUUUAUGAACACGUUUUCAGUAUAGCUUCUCAUACCAUAUUCUCAAUGUUCAUUUCUUUUCAUUAUCACUGUUGCUGCACUGUCUCAAUUCCUUUGUUAUUUAUAAUGUAGAUUUUAUUUUAUUUGUGCUAAUAUUGUAGUGAACAGAGCAUCUCAAUAAAAUCUGAGAACCAUAUAGUAAAUCGUUAAUUUGCAAAAUGUCAAUCAAUUGUCGCAGAUUUUAUUGUUCAUGUGUUUCCAUACCAAUUGCGUUCCAUUGACGUUCUUUCCUCAUCGACCUUCUACUGAAAUACAUUCUAUGCCUCACCACCGUUAUAUACUACUUGUGUGGAUAUAAGUAACCCACACCACAAUAUCACAUGGCAACUUGCGCUAAUGCACAAUUGUGCCUGGAAUUUAGGUUAAUAAUAACUGACUGACAUAUAAACUUUGAGGCCGUUUACAACUACACAUUGAGUAAAUCCAUCCAAUAUAAUAUAAGAUGAUUCAGGCACUCAAUGUAAUUAGUUUGAAAUAGUCAUUAAUGAAUUUAUUCGUAUUUCAUGCAAUUACAUUCAGUUGACAUGAUUCAUUCGAAUUAUUUUAUAUGACCUUUUAGUACUUAUGGAUAUAAGUUUAUUUUUUGUCGAAUUUAUAGUCAAACUAGAAAUGAAAGUAUGAUAGUGGAUAUCAGAAUUAGACUAUCAGUUUUAGUCAAUGAGAAAUUAUGAAUUAUGCUUCAGUAAAAUGCAUUCUAUACACAUCUCGUAACAAUCUUACGUAUUAAGUCUAUGUAUGCACUGACACACGUUGCUAUUAGAUUUUUUUGUUAAUAUUUUUCUCGAUUGUUUACAUUUGUGCGCAAGUUAAGACCUUAAAUAUAUAUCCCUUUUGCUUCGUAAAUUAUGUUUAUACUUUUGUGAAUAUGUUUGUUUGUGUCGCCUGUUUCUAUGGUAUUAUCCCUUUUUAAAUAUGCAUAAAAUUACUUCAUAUUAGGGGUAUUUAUAAAACAUCUCAUAUGUUGUAUAUUUUAGUUUCAUGUGCUUCGACAUUGCUUUAUGCAUAUACGAAGUAGACAAUUUCGGUUGUUUACGUUGUAGUCUUUGUAAACUGUGAUAUUUUUUUAGAGUAAUUGUUGUUUUUAUUAGCUAUAUGACCUUUUAAUUCACUGCUAUUUAUAUUCGAACUUGACACAGUAUGUAUUUGGAUGUAUGUUUUAGUGCUCUGAAUAGUACAGUGAAGUAGUAUGAAUUGUUUCCAGUUAAUAUAUCAUUCUGACUGCUAUCUAUCUGAUGUUUUUUGUUAUGUAAAGUGAAAAUUUUGGGUGCAGGAGAGCGGACAAAAGUUUUAAUAUAGUCAGUUAUCAUGUUAUACAUACAUACUAAGUUUUUAUUCACAUUUACUAUUUAUCUUGUUAAUUUUACCUCGUACCCAUAUGGUAUGGGAUCUUGAGCUAAUACAACUUUAUGUAAGGCUCUAUAUUAGUUAUGACUGACUUACUUUAUCAAUGAUAUGAGUACAAUUAUGAAUAGUUUUUUACUCAUGCGUCAUAACCAAAGAUUAUUUUACACAUUGUCACGCGUAACCUCAAUUGUAAAUUUGUAUCUGUAUUGUAGUCGAAACUUGUCUGCCUAAAUGUUUGUUUACAAGUUUGUAAAUGAGAGUAUAUUUCUUAAAUUUGUUUUGUUUAUAAUUCAUUCAUACUAUUUUUUAUACAUUAUAUAUUCAGAAAUAUUAUGGAAUUUAAUUCAGC